GAAUCUUCAACGUUUACAUGCAGGCAAGGUGACGAGUUGAUGCGAGUUGUGCUCUGAAGCAAUAAACGGGAAAUUGUGGGAGUUAAAACUUAAACAUAUCGAAGGUAAUUAAGUGGACAGAGUUAUUAAAUAUAUUCGUCGGCGGUCAUUGACCGACACUGAAGAAAAGGCAUGCAGCAACGAGUCGAAAGGCCGCGAAGCGGAAUGUCAACAACUUCAGGUUACGGAGACCAUGCCCAGCAGACUAAAGGCGGUCCUUUCAUUGACGGCAAUCUCAAGCUGCUGGAUACAAUUGAUUGUCCCAGUGACGUGCUUUGUUGUCGUUUUAAUCAUGAUGGGUCACUGCUGGCUGUUGGUUUCACGGAUGGCACAAUCAGAAUAUAUGAGGCAACACACCACAGACUAUUAUAUAGCCUGGCUGAUGAGGAUACACAGAAGAUACGCCUCCCGGUCACACAGAUACGAUUCAGGAUAUUUGGAGACAGUGACAAAAUUGAAUAUCAAAAUAUGCUCAUAGCUACAUAUGCCUCUGGCGAUGUAAAGGUCUGGCACUACACAUCCCAGUCAUGCCUACACACCAUACACGAGGUACGACAGACCUUAGCCCUCGCUAUCAGUCCACUAGGGCGACGCUUUGUUACUGCUGGAGCCGACGAACAGAUCCACGUGUACGAUGAGGAAACCAAAACGAAAAUCAACACUCUCCAAGCAAGUGACUCAAACAGACUUAUGGAUGGACAUAGAGAACGAGUUUUCUCAGCUAUAUACCAUCCAACUACUCCCCAUGUAUUUAUCACUGGAGGCUGGGACGACACAAUACAGUACUGGGAUGAUAGAGAACGACACUCAGUCAGACAUUUCCACGGCCCACAUAUUUGUGGAGAUUCCCUGGACAUUGACGCAGAGCACAAUCACAUCCUGACUGGUUCCUGGCGGAAGGACAAUGCUCUACAGAUUUGGGACUUUCCUUUAGGGAAAUUUAUUAAGGAUGUGCCCCCAGAGCCAUUAAAUGCCAGUCUGGUGAACUGCUGCCAGUGGCUGGGAAAGGACAGUAUUAUAGCUGGUGGGUCACUGAUGCAUAUGGCCAGAAUUAUUGACCGCGGCACACUGAACACGACUGGUCAGUUUGUGGAGCUGCCCCAGGGGGUGUACUGUGUGGACAAUGACCGUCAGGGUCUUCACCCAAAGAUCGCAAUGGGCUGCAGUCACUAUAUCUAUUUUCUCCGUGGAGAGAAGAAAAAUUAAACCAUGACACUGUAAUUUGUCUGCUGUGUAUGUCCUAAUGAAGUUGCCAUAGUUAUCAGUGAGGGUGCUUUUAGGAAAGCGCAGUAACUGUUUGGAAACAUUCAAGAGUUCUGACAGGUUUUCAUUUUAGACUCAAAUGAGUUUUAGAUAAAAAUACAAAAAGUGAAAAUGUGUUUCUAAAUUUCGAUAAAGAACAGAUUUUGUUAGAAAUAAUUAAAGUUACCAGAAAAGGUGCAACAAAAAUAACUGUCUCUUUAUUAAAGACAUAUACAGUUUCUAACUUGUCUGAAAACCUGAACUUUGGACAGCAGAGUUCUCCGUCUCAUUUGAUUUGUGAUUUAUAUUAUAUUUAGUGUUUUCAAUCAAUCUAUUUAAGUUUGCUUAUGGAAACUGCUCUUUUGAUAGAGCUUUCAUUACCUUAGUGAAAUAUUUAUUUCUGUAGCUGAAUUGUGACAGGAAUUCGACCAAUGAAACACAAGUAUCCAUCAUACCAAGGGUACACCUGCUCAUUACAUUGUUAUUCCAUUGGUUGAGUUCAAUUCGUGUACAGUACUAAUUUGAGAAAUAUUUUAAAAUCUUUUAUUUUAUUUUGUGCCAUUGUGUUGUGAAUGACAAGAACACUGUUAUAAGUUCAUUAACCAUGCAUUCCAUGUGUCAGGUCGUCUAAUUAUUUAUGAUCUUAACAUGAACAUGAUAUGUGAUAAAACUAGCUUUAACUUACAAUGCAAGACAAUGUGUUGGACCAAAUAGAGCUCGCCUGUCCUUUCAUGAAGGGAUAUCCAUAAAUACUCUUGAAAUUUGAUCAUUUGAUAAUUGGCAGCACAAUUUUCUUAUUUGUUCCAUCCUCUUUUAGUGCACUCUUAAAAAUUUUAAGGCAUCUAAAUUUUAUGUUUAAGAAAUAUUUUUGAGAUAAGAUAAGGUAAAUUUUAUGAUGAAGAAAUAUUUUUGAGAUAAGAAAAGGUAAAUUUUAUG